UCACAGUGUAAACAUGGCGAGCCUUGCAGAUGUCGGCUGGAAACUCUUGGAAUUUAAAGCCCGAUCAAAAAGAUCAGAUUUGUGAUUUAGCUGAGAGAGACCAUUGGCCUUAAUUGCACCUUUUGAGAAUGGCUGCAAAUGCCCGGACACAUCGGAAAGUACAAAUACUCGGUUCCAUCUAUGAACCCCUUAAGCUGUCCUUUCUGCAGCGUACGGAUGAGCCCCUAUGGGAGAAGCUGGACCGCUACUACAAUGCUGUCAAGACAACCAUCCUGAACUACCAGAGUCCCACCACUGGCCUCUUCCCCAUCAAAACAUGCUCCACCUGCAAAGAGGCCAAGGUCCGGGACUCCCUGUACUGUGCUGCCAGUGCCUGGGCCCUGGCUCUGGCCUACCGACGCAUUGAUGACGAUAUGGGGCGGACCCAUGAAAUGGAGCAUUCUGCCAUCAAGUGCAUGAGAGGAAUCCUCUACUGCUACAUGAGACAGGCUGAUAAGGUGGAGCAGUUCAAACAGGACCCCAACCCCUCCAAGUGCCUGCACUCUGUGUUCAAUGUAGACACCGGGGACGAGGUGCACUCCUACAGCGACUACCACCACCUGCAGAUCGAUGCCGUCUCUCUGUUCCUGCUGUACCUGGUGGAGAUGAUCUGCUCAGGUCUGCAGAUCAUUUACAACACCGAUGAGGUUUCCUUCAUCCAGAACUUGGUGUUCUGUGUGGAGAGAGCCUACAGGGUGCCUGACUACGGCAUGUGGGAGCGAGGCAGCAAAUACAACAACGGAAGCACUGAGCUGCAUUCCAGCUCUGUGGGCCUGGCUAAAGCUGCUCUGGAGGCCAUCAAUGGGUUCAACCUGUUCGGAAACCAGGGCUGUUCGUGGUCGGUGAUAUUUGUGGAUCUGGACGCCCACAACAGGAACAGGCAGACACUGUGUUCCCUCCUGCCCCGAGAGUCCCGCUCGCAUAACACAGACGCAGCCUUGCUUCCAACCAUCAGCUAUCCUGCCUUUGCAGUAGAUGAUGACGCCCUCUACAGCCAGACACUGGACAAGAUCGUCCGCAAGCUGCGCGGCAAGUACGGCUUCAAACGUUUCCUCCGGGAUGGCUACCGCACCGCUAACGAAGACAAGGAACGCCGUUUCUACAAACCUGCUGAAAUGAAGCUCUUUGAUGGGAUCGAGUGCGAGUUUCCCAUAUUUUUCAUCCACAUGAUGAUUGACGGGGUGUUCCGAGGAAAUCAAGCUCAAGUCAAAGAGUACCAGGAACUCCUUGCACCCAUCAUCUUCCAGUCUUUUGAAGGUCAUGCUGUGAUCCCAAAAUACUACUACGUUCCGGCUGACUUUGUGGAGGCGGAACAGAGCAUGCAUGGGAGCCAGAAGCGUUUCCCUAGCAACUCCGGUCGUGAUGGGACGAUCUUCCUGUGUGGUCAAGCCCUGUACAACAUCGCCAUGCUGCUGGUGGAUGAGCUGAUCAGCCCUAAAGAUAUUGAUCCAAUCCACCGCUACGUUCCCCGCCAAGACCAGCGCAACGUCAGCAUGCGAUACUCCAAUCAGGGUCCCAUAGAGAACGAUGUUGUGAUUCAAGUGGCCCUGAUCGCAGAAAGCCAGAGACUUCAGGUGUUUCUGAACACCUACGGCAUCCAGACUCAGACGCCCCAGCAGGUGGAACCCAUCCAGAUCUGGCCUCAGAAGGAAUUGGUCAAGGCGUACCGUUUCCUUGCCAUCAAUAAGAAGCUGGGCUUGAGUGGGCGUCCAGAUAGGCCAGUGGGCUGCAUCGGGACUUGCAAGAUUUAUCGUAUCCUGGGCAAGACGGUGGUGUGCUACCCAAUAGUGUUUGAUCUAAGUGACUUUUACUUGUCCCAAGAUGUUAUGCUGCUGAUUGAUGACAUUAAGAACGCCCUGCAGUUCAUCAAACAGUGCUGGAAGAUGCAGGGACGUCCUCUCUUCCUGGUUCUCAUCCGUGAGGAUAACAUCAAGGGAAGCCGCUUCAACCCGGUCCUGGACAUGCUGGCUUCAUUCAAGAAAGGCGAAAUCGGAGGGGUCAAAGUUCAUGUGGACAGACUUCAGACCCUGAUAUCUGGAGCUGUGGUGGAGCAGUUGGACUUCCUGCGUGUCAACGAGGCAGAGAUCCCAGAGUUUAGGAGCUUUGAGGAGCUGGAGCUGCCAAAACACUCCAAAGUGAAGAGACAGAUGAGCACCCCCAACGUGUCUGACCUGGAGCAGCAGCCGGAGAUCGACGUGGAGGAGUGGCUGCAGAAGCCAACCAAUGAGAUCAUCCAGAAGUUCCAUGACUGCGACUGCUUGGCCAGUCAGGCUCAGCUUGCAAGCAUCAUUCUGAGGAGAGAAGGCCCGGCAUACCUUGCAAAAGAUGAGAACCUGACGGAUGAACUUGAGAGACUCUACAGAAGAGCUGGCAGCAGAAAGCUUUGGUCUGUUGUCCGUCUUGCUGCCAGUCUCUUAACUAAGCUAGUGGACAGCCUUGCCCCCAGUAUUACUAGUGUUUUAGUGCAUGGCAAGCAGGUGACCCUCGGCCUGUUCGGGCAUGAGGAGGAGGUGAUCUCCAACCCACUAUCGCCGGGGGUGAUCCAGGGCAUCAUCUACAGCAAGUGCUCCCCUCAUGGGGGGGAGCGAGAGGCCGUUCUUCAGCAGGAGCUGGUCAUCCAUAUCGGAUGGAUCAUCUCCAACAACCCAGAGUUGUUCAGCGGCAUGCUCAAGAUUAGAAUCGGAUGGAUUGUUCAGGCCAUGAAACAUGAGCUGAAGAUCGGGGCGGGGGACAUGCCGCCCCAGGACAUCUACCAGCUCUCCCCAAGUGACAUCAAGCAGCUCUUACUGGACGUCUUGCAGCCUCAGCAAACCGGCAGGUCUUGGCUGAACAGGCGUCAGAUCGAUGGCUCUCUGAACAGGACCCCUCUGGGCUUCUAUGAUCGUGUGUGGCAGAUCCUCGAGAGGACCUCCAAUGGCUUCAUGGUGGCAGGGACUUACCUCCCACAGCAACCGACUUUGUCCGACAUGACGAUGUAUGAGAUGAACUUCUCCCUUCUGGUGGAGGACACAUUGAAGAACAUCGUCCUGCCCGAGUACAGACAAAUCAUUGUAGAGUUGCUGAUGGUGGUGUCCGUAGUUCUGGAGAGGAAUCCGGAGCUGGAGUUUGCUGACAAGUUGGAUCUGGACGGUCUGGUGAAGGAAGCCUUUAAUGAUUACCAGAAGGAUUGCAGCCGCUUUGAAGGCAUGGAGAAAAAGGAUGACAUGGAGGCGUUCUACAACACACAACCAAUGGGAAAGAGAGGCACCUCCAGCUACCUGACCAAGGCGGUCAUGAUCUUGCUGCUGCAAGGGGAUUUCAAGCCUUGCAAGGAUGACCCGUGCACUGUUAGCUAGAUUCACAAUGCUUUUGAACCCUAAGUCCAGCCCACUGGAGUGUAGUCAUCAAAUGAUCCUGCAAGGGGUACUGAGUAUUCAUCACAUGUAUUAAGAAGAUAAACUCUAAAUGAUCAGUUCCUCCCUUCAGCAGGACUCACCCUGAAUUUCCUCAACAGCAAUACAAUCUGAAAUAGCGUAGUUUAGCAUACUCUAUCUGAGAGGUUAAAAUACAACAAGUAGUCAUGUUUAAUAUAAACAUAUUGAUUAAUGGGGCUGAAGUUAUUUAUUAGCAUUGGUAGCUAGUAAUGUCAAAUACAACAUAGCUAGCUGUUUUUUUAUCCUUUACCUGUAUGCUAGCAGUUGUGCUUUAUAGAACUCAGAACAUUGCUUAACCUUAACACAUGUUUUUUUUGGUGCAAAUUAGUCUACUGGUAUCUUGCCCUUUCCUUAUAAAUUUCCAUUUAGCUUACCAUAAAAAUGUAAGGGAAAGCAGCCAGCCCUGCUCUGUCCAAAGUUAAAAGGGUAUGCUAAGUUAAGCUAGCAGGCUGCUGGCUGUAGCUUUACAUGUAGCAUACAGACAUGAGAGUGGCAUCAAUCGUUUCAUCUAAGUCCCUGUAGUUAAGGGAAUCAACAUAUUUUAAAACAUGACAAACUAUUUCCUUUGUAUCUGUUUUUCUAAAUGUUUUCGGGGUAUUAUAAUAAUGGCACUAUGAACAAUAAAUAAAUGAACAAUUAGCUCGGAUGUAAGCUAUUACUCACCAGCAAUAACCUAUAGCUGUUACAUAACAAUUUGUCGGUUCAAGGUCACGUUGUAUCAUGAGGGUUUGCGUUUCCAAAAUUGAUGCAUAGCCUAUGCCCCCCAGGAGCCUUUCGAAUGUGUCUCCUAGAUAUACAAAUAUACGAUCCAUCAGAAUACAUGCAUUAUUCUUUAUCUUAAAUAUCUGUGGGUUUGAGAACAACUGCAAAGAUGUUUGGGUUUUACACUGAAAUCCACAGUAUAUUUAGCUGAGGAUAGGUGUUUGUUGUAUUAACUUGAGUUUCUAAGUUGAAUGCCUUACCGCAUGCACAAACUGCUGCAUGACAAUAGUUACUGUUUGCCAUUCCAUCGUGAUGGUAUAACACAUUUUGUUGUCAAAAUAAGAGUUUUCAAGAGGCCUGUUUUUCAAAGUAGGGCUCUCUCUGCAUGACAAUGACUCAUCUGAAGUCCUAGAACUGAGGACCUUUUAGAAAAUGCUGUUUUAUUGAAUGUGGGCAACAACAAAAACUGCUGUCAUCUUUAGAAAAAGUUGAUAAAAGAUUCACUUAUUUUAAAGCGUGCCUCUCUGAAUAUACUCACUGUGAUGUAUACGCCCAACCUUGUCACUGUGUGUGUGUGUGUGUGUGUGUGUGUGUGUUGUGUGUGUGUGUGUGUGUGUGUGUGUGUGUGUGUGUGUG